AUGGAAGCUAAAAUUUCCUCUAAUUUGAGCUACACUUGGAGAUCAAUUUUAGGGCUCGUGAUGUCCUUUCGAAAGGCAUUAGGAAGAUUGUGGGGGAAUGGUACAUCUCUUGACAUAUGGAAGGACCCGUGGGUUCCUAGUCUCACUGGAUUUUGUGUGUUGAGCAGUCGUGGUUCGAAUGAUGACAGUCCAGCCAAUGUACGUGACUUAAUAGAUAAUAGAAGGUGGAAUUUGCAUACUCUCAAUUCCAUCUUCUUACCGUUGGAAGUGCAGGAAAUUCGCAGCAAUAUUCCCAUCCCCCUCUUUGACAGUCCGGAUUCAUGGACUUGGCAUUGGACUAAGGAUGGAAGAUUUUCUGUUAAGAGCGCGAACGCUUGGGUUUAUGAUGGCAAGAAGAAAGAUAUGGCUGAUGUUAUUUAUAAAGCUGGUAGCAUUGUAGGAGAAUUUGAGAAUGUAAAAGAGCAAGAGUGCAAGAAUGCCAAUGCCAAAGUUCUGGAAUGCCGCUGGAAAGCUCCUCCUUCUGGUUUUAUCAAGAUUGAAGGCAAAUUUGCUGUGGAUGUGGCCGAGGCUAUGGCUUUGAGACACUCUUUAGUGAUUACUAUGGAGUCGGGCUUUUUGAAGAGAGAUGGAAAUCGGGUAGCUCAUAGUUUAGCUAAGCUUAGUUGCAAUUUUAAUUCUCUUAGAGUAUGGUUAGAAGAGUAUCCAAGUGAGAUACAUGAUUUUGUAAUGGAUGACUUAAGCCUUUCUUCUGAUUAA